CCAGUGUCAAACGCGCCAGCAGUGACACGUGACUUCCGCUGUUGUAACAUAGUGAUAGUCUUCAGACUACAGUGCAGGUUUACUUGUAGAUUGUUACAGUAUUAUGAAUAUAAAUGCAAAAAUUGCAUUCAGUAGCAGUCUGUUGUAGGAGCUUAGCGAAUAAGUUACAUUUACAAGUAUUUUAUUUUUAAGCUUAUUUAAUUAUUGUGUAAACGUCAUUCCUCUGUGUCACAGUCACACUGUGUCUUACAUUACAGUUACAUUUAAAUUUUUCGAGGUUUGGUUUGUGUUGUGUGGGGAAUAAACAAUUCUGAAACUUAGGAUUGUUGCCUAGCAAUAUGACAAUAUAAGAGAUUGGUAUCCUGCUAAGACAGCUUACAAACUAAUCAGACUAAUUUAUUACAGGAGUUAUGCAACAAGUAAAUAUUCCACUUGAGUUAGGCCUUAUUUUAAAAGAGAAAACACCUGUACCAGGUAGAGUAUGUGAAUGUAGCAUUGGUGAACGUAACCAAUUUAAAUAUUUGCAGAGAAGACAGGCUGAGUUAUAUUGUGGAAUAGUGUUUUGUUGGAAACAAGUUUAGGUUGAUACUUACACAGCUUCUGGAGAAAAGAAGAACUUAAACAUUGAAGAUUGAACAUUUUUCGAUCAAUUUACGCAAGAUAAUUAUUAUAUGUGGACAGAAUUAAACGGUAGUUGACCAAAGCCAUCUACGAAGGAACAACUUCUGAGUAAGUGGCGAAACUAUGUAUCACCCAACCAGAGGUGGAGUUAGAGGUGGAGCUGAUCAAUUUAACUGGGAGGACAUCAAGAUUGACAAGCACAGAGAAAGUUAUUUGGGACAUUCUUUAAAAGCACCAGUGGGCAGAUGGCAGAAGGGCAAGGAUUUAACAUGGUAUAACAAAGACAGAAGUGAAAAAACAAAUCAAAAACCAUCAGCCAGGUGUGAACUGGAGAACAUAAAAAAAGCUGAGGAAGAAGCUAUGCUGGUUGCAUUGGGUCACAAGCCAGUUAACAAAAGGGCUCAACUACUAACAAAAGAGGAAUUGGCUCAAGUUUUUAAGAAAGGUCAAACUGAACGAGAUCCACAAAGUAUAGAAAGAGUGGAAGGCAUUGGAAAUCAAAGUGUAAGACUGAUGACAGUUAGUAAUGCUGGAAGAGAAGAGAGAAAAACUGUGAUUGCUGAAGUACCCUUAACUUCUGAUGAGACAAAGAAGAAAGCAGACAAAGCUAUCGGAGAUUUGAGAACAAGCGAAAAGAAAGAAAAAAACAGCAAGAAAAAAAAGAAAAAGCACAAAAAACGUAAAAAGAAACAAUACAGGAGAGAUGCUGAUGAUAGUGGAGAACACUCUACUCCACACCUGGAUUCAAGAUGUAUGAAAGAACAGCCAAGAAGUAAAAGAAGAAGACACGAUAGUAGUGAAUAGAAAAUGGUGGAAUAUUAAAACAACUCUCUAAAGCAUAUAAUAAUUUUUAAAGUAAAUUCGAAACUAUAUCAUGCUGUAAUCACAUAUAAGACUAGAUAAGUGUCAAUAUUGUGAUUCUUGAUGUGUAAGGUUGUAGAAAGUGUUGAUGAAUGAAAAACAUGUAGUUAGUAAAUAAAGAAAGUAAAAUCAGCUUCAUAAAACUA